AUGGAAAAAGAAAUCAAAGACGAACUCACUGUAUCUACAAAGCCGAAUGGUGAUGUGUUGAAAGCUAUGAAGGAUUACGCAGAAAUCAAACAAACUAACAUAGAACCAGUAGGCGAUACAAUCGCAAGAGUCAAUAGAGAGAGUAGAGUCGACAUGGCGCUGUUCCAAGGAGACAUUAUUUUAACGAAAGAGCAAGCCGACGAGAUCAUUGAAGACAUCAAAGAGAACAAAGGUGGUCGCGUCAAACGGCAAGCGUUUCGUGACGAAAAGUAUCCUAAAUAUUUGUGGUCCAAUGGAGUCAAUUUCGCAUUUUACAAUGCAACUAGUGUGGCGAAGAGAGUGUUUAAAAGAGCAGCCGCAAUGUGGUCCUGGGAUACUUGCAUCAACUUCGGAGAGACCGAUAGGGGUAAGCAUGAUAGGUAG